AUGGUGUGCGUACAGCGGCCGACGCGUCUGCGGUUUAGGAUGGCCAAGUCGACGCGUGCGAUCUGCGGCGUGUUGCUGAUCCUCGGCGCGCUGUCCUCUCCCGGGGAGUCCGAAAGAAACCGAGGCUCCCAGGGCGCCAUUCCUCAUCCCGACAAAACCGGCCCCAACGAGUCGGAGCGGCACCCUCGACCCCCGCGGGCCGACGAGGUUCUGGAGUCCAGCCGGGAGGCUUUACACGUGACCGAGCGGCAGUACCUGAAACGGGACUGGUGCAAGACGCAGCCCCUCAAGCAGACCGUCCACGAGGAGGGCUGCGUCAGCCGCACCGUCAUCAACCGCUUCUGCUACGGACAGUGCAACUCCUUCUACAUCCCCAGACACGUCCGCAGGGAGGAGGGCGCCUUCCGGUCCUGCUCCUUCUGCAAACCCAAGCGCUUUACCACCGUGACUUUGACUCUGGACUGUCCCGACCUGCAGCCACCCACCAAGAAGAAACGCAUCCGGCGCGUCAAACAGUGCCGCUGUAUAUCCAUAGACCUGGACUAGGGUUAGUCUUAGUGACGGCGGUCUAGGCGCCCCAAACUACGUCUUACAAAACAAAACAAAACAAAACAAAGCAAGAAGCCCUCAGACCAAUACACACGCCAUAAAAAGCUCUUGGACAAUAAGACAACCUUUUUUUUUUUUUUUUUUUUUUUUUGGGGGGGGGGAGUUAUUUUCUUUUUCGGAGGUGAGUUUGAGUUUUGGUCUGAGAUGUUUUUGUUGAAUGCAAGAGAUGUUAUUUGGUGUGCGUGAGAAGCGAUAUUUGUGUGCGUGUGAGAGGCAAACGUUAUUCUUGGCCUUGACUGCCAAUUUCCCAUUUCUUCCCGUUGUCGUGCUUUCUUGUUGAGAGGAAAGAGAAGCCGAUGUGCUUUCAUCUCCAGUUUGGAGAACGUUGCAUCCGAUCUUCGCCACCCUCCUUUCGCGCAGCAAAUAUGAAGAUCUAAUGUAGAAGUGCAAAGGAUAAUUUUGACCUGCGCAGUGUUAAGACGCCUGGGAUCGGAGGCAAUUCACUGCACGGUAGUGCGCACGUUUUAUGCACAACUUCCUCACCUUGGCUUAUUUAAAACAAACACAAAACACCAAAUCACUCAAACAUUCAGUUCAUUUUUGAUGUUUCCACUGUGUGGAUUUGGGAGAAUGAACAGCAGCAUUUGUAAAUGGGAAAUGUUUUCUUGGAAUGAAUCUUUUGAAUGUGAAAAUGUCCUUUUUGUACAGUGGUGGCUUGUGGCCCAUGAAGGUAAAAAUAGGGAGCUGUUGCACGUAAACGGUACUCAUUCAAUUAUCCCCAAAAAUAGAAAACAAAUGGAUUCUCGAAUGUUGUUUUAAACAAAAAUAUGGAAUGAUUUACACAUUCAAAUCUUUUCAAAAUCAUUUUCCUAGAAGACGAUGGAAUGGUAUAUUUAUUCAUAGACGCAAAAGCGAUUGUAUGAUUGCGCCUUUUCCAAAGUAAGCUAAAUGAAUUAAUCAUGCAAAUAUGCUCAAUUCCGAGUCACUGACGGUGUCGCGGUGCACUCGGCCGACUUCGGCGCGGGCGGCGUGGGUUCGGCUCCCGCUCCGUGACGGAUGUGCCCGGCGUCCCGUGACCCCUCUCACCGCCACAAGCGCUGUUGAAAACGGAUGGCUGGAUGAUCGAUUUCCCAGUGAACACUGAGUGCUCGUAUCUUUGGAAAGGCGCAUUUUGGAUUUGUCAAAUGUGUUUAGUGUGGUUCAAAAUGCUUCCAGCAUAAUUUGUAUGGUUAUUUGACUGGCACGUGAUUUACGAAAAAAACCCACUUGUGAAUGCCUUCGCAAUAUAUUUCCCAUGAUGUAAAGUAGUAAAACCGAGUUGUCGCGCUAAUAAAUCACUGGCAUAGCAAACAAAGUAA